UGAAUUGCUGUGCGGGGCAGGUGAAAUUCACUUUUUAAUUGCAAAUAAAAGCAAAAGUGCAAAAUAUAAAAUUAUAAAUACUCAAGAACUUGUCACGGUGCCAAAUAUUAUGCACAGAUAAAGUUUAAAAAGGUGUGUUCUCGCCUUCCAUUUACAAACAAACUAGAAAAAUAUAGUAUACAUGUGUAUAUCUGUGCGAUCUACAUCUACAUAAUUAUUUCAAAGGUCAUAAAACAAUUCAAAGACCCUUAAUCGUUCGUUGUUCUUAUGUAAAUUCGAUCGCGAUCGUAAAAACAAAAUACUCAAAUAAAACAAUUUGCGCAGCAGCUUUCGAAAAAUCAAUUAUUCGCUCUUCCAUCGAUUCCGUGAAAUAACAAAACGACAAAAUCAUCAAUAAAUAAAGAUGAGCACCGCCGCUGUCAUGGAGUUGGCCGUUGCCCAUCGUAAGGAACAGGCGAAUGUAGGCACAUUGUUGGCUCGCCGCUAUGCGGAUUUGUUGCAUGCUGAAAAGCACACCGACUGUGUGUUCCAUGUGUGUGAACAACAGUUGAAGGGUCACAAGUUGAUCCUAAGCGCAGCCAGCCCCGUGUUUGAGGCGAUGUUCUAUGGACCACUGCAGGAACCGGAACCGGAGAUUGAGAUACACGACAUCAGUGCGGCGAUCUUCAAGGUGCUCAUCGAAUACAUCUACAGCGGCAGCGUGGACUACGAGUGCUUGCAGCUGGAGGAAUGCAUUGAACUCUACUAUGCCGCCGAGAAGUAUCUGCUGGAUCAACUUAUAACCGAUGCUUUACUUGCCAUAUCCCGCAAGCUGCGCUUCUCUAACGUUCUGCCAGCCCUGGAAUUAAGUGUGUGCAUGGGUCUGGACAGACUACUGGAUGUGUGCAUGUCAUUUUUUAUGCGCUGUUGCGUCAACAAUGAUCAGUACUUGAGCUAUCUGAAGGAAAACUACGUCCACGUGUCCAAGGAAUGCGUCAAGUCCAUUAUUGCCGCAAGCAAGGAGCCGCACAAACUGCUGCUUUGGUACGUUUAUGAGUGGACACAACAGGAGUGCGAUGAUGCCGGCUUGGGAGAUGCAGCCACCUGGCAGGUUACGCCUCCCCCCGAAGCCGCCAACAGCCGCGAUCUUGUGCCAGCCACAGUCGUGGAACGAUGCUACUACAAAGCCUGCCGUCCAUUCACAAUCGAUGCCGAGUCCAAUGUGUGGCGUCUGGAUAUGAAGUGUUCUCGUUUCAUUUCCGUGUUGGGUCUGGUGCUUAACAGUCGACUGGCGCCCAAUCUCACCUGCCACAUUGGCCGCGUACCGCAAGAAUAUCGCGAAUCGUUGCGCAUUGAUCUUUACGCCGACGGUGACGAUCCUGUGUGGACACACAUCAUCCAGAAUCAGUUGACCAAGUACAAUUGUGAUUUGCAUUUGAGUUGGAGCCGAGAACAGGCCUGUGUCCUGACGCCCGAGGUGCAGUACGUGUUGCAGCUGCGUUGGGAGAGCAGCGCCUUUGGGGCAGAGUAUCCAUGUAGCCUGCAGUCGUGUUUGGUCGAUGGCAUCCGCUUUAUCGAUGGCGACUCCUUCAGUGGCAGCCUAGUCAAGGGGCUGCGAUAUGUGAAUCUAGUCUAGGCACUUUCUUUAGCUAAACAUUUACUUUAUUCGUAAACACUGUGUAUUUAUUGCUUUAAGUUAAUGUACGAGCUUCAGAGUUCAAUAAACUGUGAAAUUCGUUGAAAGAUUAUCGUAAAGAAACGUAUUCAAAAAGCCGGUUUUAUGUCUCGUUUGUUUCCGUCAGCUGAUAGGUUACUCACGUGCCAGCUUAUAAAUAAACAACGCUUUACUUUAAUAAAAAAAAUAUUCACCUCAGUAUAAACUUGCAAUAUUAAAUU